AUGUUUGAAAACACGGCCAUUGUCCUGCACGACGCGCUACUGUCGCGACGUCUGCGCAUUGCUUUAGACACGCGAGCGCCUACAUCAGUAACUUCUAGACAUGUUGUCCGGGUAUACAGACCACACGUACAUAAAGUCAUGAUAUUCCUAAAAUGUACUACCUUUAUUGAGUCAUUCGUGGUUACCUUGGCAAUCACGAUAGUAAUAACCAAGUCACCAGUCAGUGGUUUCACCAUACCUCGACAGCAAAAUAUUUUGGUUUCCCCAUCAGAUCUAGAAACCGGAGAAAGCUCGCAAUUAGAAGUAAGGUAUGAUUUAAAGAUAUCAAAUAAUAGUAACACCAAUGGUCACAACAAGACUAAUGAACUAGAUUCGAGUGUAAUAGCAAUCAAUGAUCCAAAGAAUAGAGAUAAGAAAGUUGAGGCAAUACAUACUGUUAAUAAAACUACCGAUAUCCAAACAAGACUACCAGAACAUAAUAAAUCCGAGGACCGAUCCGACCCACCAAAUACAACUUCGGUAGAAGAAGGUAGUCAAUUUAUUACUACUUCUGCACCAAGCACGAGUCAGACCACGACAAGAGAACCUGGAAUUAGUCAAGUGAUAACUAGUAAUGUAACAGCACAAACUUCGCUUGCUACUGAUUCUCAAAAUACAUCUAAAGAGAGUUCGGAUUCCAUUGCUAAUGGUAGUAAAGCGCAAAGUGAAAACGACACUAAAUCUAUAAUUAAUCGAAAUAAUUCCGAAUCCAUGCAAACUUUAACUGAUAUCUACGUCACCAACAAUAUCACUUCCAUUGAAAAAGAAGAUGCGAUUAAUAAAAAUGAAACAUUCAACAACAGUAAUACUAUCAAAAAGGAAAACGAUACUAUGAUCAACCGUGGAACCCACAUAUUUAUUCUAAACGAUACGGAACUGAAAUCUGUUGCCGAACGUAAAGAUCCACGCUCUAUAUUUGAUUUACAAAAUCUGGAAGUUAAAAAUCAAAGCAAUGCUAAUGAACAAUCUGAUCAAGCAUAUACCAAAGUAGAAAGUUCAAUAACAACAACUGAUACAGCCGUUGACACUUCUACGUUUUCUGAUUUAAGGACUGACGUUACAAAAGAGGGUAACAGAACAGAAACGACCACAGAUGCUGGUUAUUUAACAUCUAAAAAACUUACCUCCGAUUUUACACUAUCGUUGCCACCUUGGAAAAAGUAUACUACGAUUGAUAGAAAACGUACAAGUACCGAAGAUACUACAUCACCAACUAAAGAAAUGGCGGUAGCUGAAACUGCUCAAAUAAGUUUAGAUGAAGUUCUCAGUAACACACUCAUACCGUCACUAGAAAAAUUGAAAAAUGAACUUUUAAACUCUCAAGAAUCAACAACAAGGAGACUGGAAGCAUCUAGUGCAAUAGAGACAACAAAAAUAAAUACUUCACAAAAUUAUGAAACAACUACACCAAACAUGAUUGUUACAACGGAAACAGAAAAUACGAAGAUAGAACUAGUGUCAAAAAGAGCAGGUUAUAAGGAUAAUCGAGAGACAACGUCGAAAGCACCAGCUGAAGCCAUCACUUCUGAGCUCCCCUCAAGAGUAAGCAAAAACGACACUGAAAUAUUUAGUUCUAUGUUCGAGUCAGAAUCCAGUGAAGUCGAGGGGUCAGCCAACAAGAAUGUCACUGUGUAUGAGUCGCAAAGUCAAUUGGCCGAAGACGCGAUCAAAGAAGAAUUACUAAAAGAAGAAAUGCUUAACGACAAUGAAGAGAAUGCUAUGCGGUACGUCUUGCCUAGAACGAAGGAAAAGGACAAUGAAGGGCUUGUGACUGUACCUGAAACUUACACUGAAGAUAUGCUAAGCGUUAAACCUAUUGGGCUCGAAAAAAAGAAAAGUACAAUUUUAUAUACUGUUAACCCCAAUUACAAACCACUUAAGAAAAUUGACGUACAACCGCCAAAGCCAUUCGUUCGCGAUCCCGAUGACAACAGCUGGAGAAACGAAAGUAUCAGCUCGCUAGGAAUCGUGUUUAAACCAAAGAAUGCAUCCAAGUCUUUUACACAAGUCUUAAAGAAUAAAACUGAAAUAGAGUUAGCGAACAUGACUGACAGAGAUAACAAAGGUGAUGUCCCAGAUUUAAGAGUUAGGCUAGAAAAGAUAGCAGAAGUAAGAAAAUCAAAGAAGAAGAUUAACAAGUUUGGAGAUACAGUGUACAGCGACUAUGAGGAAUCAGGGGAAAAUGUAAACGUGUCCUCUAAAAUAGCAACAACAACAACAACAACAACAACAACACCACCAACCAGCUCCUUUGAUGACUCUCUUCUAAAUUUCACACCUCCUCCUAUUUCCAAAACACUUACAACAGAAUUUGAUCUAUCUGUUAAUGCGAUAUCGACGGAAGGUUUUAACCUUUUCAAAGAUGACGUCAUGAAGUCUCCGCUAACAACGAAUAAACCAAAGUUCUAUAACUUGGCAGAGUACUACGACACUACAGACGAGUAUGAUGCUGAUUAUGUAAAUCAGCACAAAAUAGAUUUAAAGAAAUUUACUAAACCACUAACUUCAAAACAAAGUCCGGUGACUCCCCCUACGCAGGUAUUUUAUACUAAGCCUAUGAGAGAAUACCAACCUGAAAGAAAAGCUACGCUACAGUACUUCCCACCAACGCCAAAAAAUACUCAAAAAGUAAACUUAAACGAUUAUGAUGCUGAAUUUAACAGAAAAGUAAACUUGUAUACAAUGAAAGCGUCUCUUAAACAUUCUCCCCCUACUUCUAUUGGCACAUCUGCCCCUGUUGUAAGUGAUAAGUACAGUACACCGGUGAACAGAGUAACAACAAUGAAGCCUACCUAUACACCAACACCAAUGUUCCAAACUGACAACUUUGACAAGAACCUAUACUUAACUACCCCGCCACACGUCCCACAGUCUUCCCAUGGAUAUGUGCCAAACGACGGAAAUUUCAACAGAGCUUCAUACGUCAUUAAACAUUAUCGAGACUUUAUCAACGAAGCGGCUAAAGAAAGUGAAGACGAAAGAGGCGAGUACCAGUACACAGAGACUCCACUUCGCGGUGUUACCAUCCACGAGCUCGCGAAAAUGUCCCCCAAGGAUACCAAUGCGGGUGAUGAUGAUUACGACUACGAUCUGAAAUUCCGUAAGGAUAUUAUAAACCGGUUUGUGGAUAACUUCAAUCAGAACAGUGAGAAAUUCAAGGUCGACUUUCCGAUAUUAUACAACAGUAGUAUUGUACACAGGCAAGCACCAGAGAAUGGGAGAGUAGCUUCUUCAACUGCGUUCAUAAAGAGGUUGUACGAAGUAAGCGCUCCCAGGGCCACGAACCUCUUGUCACAGAGAAAGCCGUGCGACCCAAACUGCGACCCCAACUGGACGGUGGAGUUGUCCCCCGCCUAUGAGCUCCACUACUACGUACCGGAUCAAGAAGAGAAGGAAGAAAUGGAACAGAAACCUGCCACAUUACCAUAUCCGUAUAGAUUAUGA